AUGAAUAUCGUCAAGUUACAGAAGAAGUUCCCAACUCUGUCUCAAGAGGACUUGUUUGGUGUUAUUGAGAAAUUUAGAAACAUCGACAUAGAUGAAAAAGGAUGGGUUGAGAAACAACAGGUGCUAGAUGCAGUUUCUAAGUCUGGUGAAGCAUCUUAUGAUGAAGCUAGAGAGGCAUUGAAAGCUUGUAGCGUGGACGCUUCUGGUAGGGUGGAAUUAGAUGAUUAUGUGGAACUAGAAGCUAAAUUGAAGGAUUCAAAGGCAGGUCCACCACCACAGACUAGUUUUGCCACUGCAGCUCCUAUAUCACAACCAAGUGCACCAUCUCAAUUACAACACAAAGGUACAGGUUCACAUGCAAAGAUUAUUGUCGGUGGUGCUACUGCAGGUUCUCAGCAUACCAUUAAUGAAGAAGAAAGAAGUGAAUUCACCAAGCAUAUCAAUGAUAAUUUGGCUGGCGAUCCACAGAUAGGUCAUCUUUUGCCAUUCCCUACUGAUACUUUUCAACUGUUCGAUGAAUGUAGAGAUGGUCUUGUUUUAUCUAAAUUGAUUAACGAUUCCGUCCCUGACACCAUCGAUACAAGAGUUCUGAAUUUACCCAAGGCUGGCAAACGUUUGAAUAAUUUCCAGGCAAGCGAAAAUGCAAACAUUGUUAUUAAUUCUGCCAAGGCCAUUGGUUGUGUUGUUGUUAACGUGCAUUCUGAAGAUUUAAUCGAAGGUAGAGAACAUUUGAUCCUUGGUCUUAUCUGGCAAAUUAUUAGAAGAGGUCUAUUGAGUAAGAUUGAUAUCAAAUUACAUCCAGAACUGUACCGUUUAUUGGAAGAUGAUGAGACUUUAGAUCAAUUCCUGAGACUACCACCAGAACAGAUCUUGCUACGUUGGUUUAACUACCAUUUGAAACACGCCAAUUGGCACAGAAGAGUCUCUAAUUUCUCUGGUGAUGUGUCAGACGGUGAGAAUUAUACUAUCCUGUUGAACCAAUUGGUUCCUGAUCAAUGUUCGAGAGCUCCAUUGCAGACCCCAGACCUCCUACAAAGGGCUGAGCAAAUUUUGGUCAAUGCUGACAAACUAGGCUGUAGGAAAUAUUUGACUCCAAAUUCAUUGGUAUCAGGUAAUCCAAAACUGAACUUGGCCUUUGUUGCUCAGUUGUUUAACACUCACCCAGGUCUAGAACCAAUAGAGGAAUCCGAAGCGCCAGAAAUCGAGGAAUUCGAUGCUGAAGGUGAAAGAGAAGCAAGAGUCUUUACUCUGUGGUUGAAUUCAUUGGAUGUGGAUCCACCAAUCGUCUCGUUGUUCGAAGAUUUGAAAGAUGGUCUUGUUCUAUUACAAGCCUAUGAAAAAGUCAUACCUGGUGUGGUUAACUACUCUGUGGUUAACAGAAAACCAAACACAGGUGCUGAAAUGUCCAGGUUUAAAGCUCUUGAGAAUAACAACUACGCUGUGGAAUUGGGUAAAUUUAACGGAUUCUCCCUAGUCGGUAUUGAAGGUUCCGAUAUCGUGGACGGUAACAAACUAUUGACACUAGCUCUUGUCUGGCAAUUGAUGCGUAGAAACAUUACAAACACUAUUCGGAAUCUGUCUUCUAGUGGUAGAGAUAUGAGUGAUUCUCAAAUUUUGAAAUGGGCUCAAGACCAAGUCCACAAGGGCGGUAAAUCUUCCAAGAUACACUCUUUCAAAGAUUCACAAUUGUCUACUGCCCACUUUUUGCUGGAUGUCUUGAACGGUAUUGCGCCUGGUUACGUCGAUUACAGUCUGGUGGCACCUGGUACCAAUGAUGAUGAGAAAUACGCUAACGCAAGGUUAGCCAUUUCCAUUGCAAGAAAAUUAGGUGCAUUGAUUUGGUUGGUUCCAGAGGAUAUUAACGAAGUGCGCUCAAGAUUGAUUAUCACUUUCGUUGCGUCUUUGAUGUCAGUCAACAAAUGA